AUGACAAUUUCAAGUACCAACGGCGUCUCCAAUGACAACGGGCAUGCUGACGUGCUUGUCUCCUCGGGCUUCUCCACCAAGGCCAUUCAUGUCGGUUCCGAGCCCAACGCAGCCACAGGCGCUGUCAUUCCACCCAUCAGUCUGAGCUCCACAUUUGCCCAGGAUGGUAUCGGAAACCACAAGGGCUACGAAUACUCUCGUUCAGGAAACCCAAACCGCGAUUCUUUUGAGCGCGCGCUUGCUGCUCUCGAGGGUGGCAGCCGCGGUCUCGCCUUCUCUUCUGGUUCUGCCGUGACCGCGACGGUGCUCAACUCGAUGCCUUCUGGCUCGCACAUUGUCAGCGUCAACGAUGUCUACGGUGGUACCUACCGUUAUUUUACCAAGGUAGCCACCGUUUCACAAGGCAUUCGGACCAGCUUUGUCGAGAUGGAUGGACCCGAGGCUGAGGUGAGCGAGCGUGUCAACGCUGCCAUCCGUAAAGAGACAUCGCUCGUCUGGAUUGAGACUCCCACCAACCCCACGCUCCGUGUGAUCGACGUGCCUCUGAUUGUCAAGCUCGUACGAAACCACCCGAACGCAAGCAAGGACAUCAAGAUCGUUGUCGACAACACUUUCAUGAGCCCAUGGUUCCAGAAUCCUCUUGCUCACGGUGCCGAUCUUGUAAUGCACAGUGUCACCAAGUAUCUCAACGGCCACAGCGAUGUUGUCAUGGGUGCUGCGGUCACCAACGACGAGGCCUGGGCCGACCGCCUCGCUUUUCUGCAAAACAGUAUCGGUGCUAUCCCAUCUCCCUUCGACUGCUGGCUCGCCUUGCGCGGUCUCAAGACGCUUGCGCUGCGUAUGAAGGCACACGGCGCGUCUGCUUUGGCUAUUGCUCAGUUCCUCGAAAAUCACCCAUCUGUCGAGACCGUAAUCUACCCGGGCCUCCCUUCACACCCUGGUCACGAGGUGGCACGACGACAGAUCUCGAAACGUGCUGCUGCUGCAGGCCCUUCCAACUCCAACGGCGCGUUUGCUUAUGGAGGAAUGAUCUCGUUCCGCAUUAAGUCGAAUCCUGCUGACGACGAACCCGCCGACAAGCUGCUGUCCAACCUCAACGUCUUCACACUCGCCGAGUCGCUCGGUGGUGUCGAGAGUCUGAUCGAGCUGCCCUCUAAGAUGACUCACGGCUCGGUAGCGCUCGAGGACAGGAUCAAGAUCGGUAUCGGCCACAACCUCAUUCGUGUCAGUGUCGGUAUCGAGGAGACAGCCGACCUAAUUCAGGAUCUCGAGCGCGGUCUCAAGGCUGCUGGUCUCUGA